AUGAAACGAAACAAUGCAAAUAAUGUAAAAUCCUCUAAAAAAGCCAAACUGAACCAUGAUGAUGAACCGCUCAUCAAGUUUGAUCCAAAAUUAUUCGAAACUGUGCCACAAGAAAUUUUAAUAGAAAUAUUUCGUCUUGUUCCUUCCGAAACGUUAACAAAUUCUUUGGUUUUUGUUUCCAAGAAUUUCCAUCAAAUAAUCUACAAUCCACAAAACAGUUUCUUUGAUCAAACUUUAGUCUUGUUUCCUUUCGAAUACAAAAUUCCUAAUUUUUCACUUGUGAAAUGUUUGGAAAUGAAAAAGAAUUUUCUUGUUGAAAAGAAACAUUUUGCAGCUUUAAAAAAACUAAAUAUUGAAAAAUUAUACAUUCCACUUCAAGAAGAUUUCGAAUACUUGCCAAUUAUAGAAAAUUAUUUUUCAAAUUUAAAAUAUUUAUUUUUUGGACAAAUACUUAAUGAUGAAUUAUGGAAACUUUUACAGAAAUUACCAAAUUUGCAAGUGUUAAAGGUUGUAGAUUUGGAAGAAUCAGAAUUUGAAAAUGCAAAUUUAAAUUUGACUGAUUUGGAAGUCGUUAUGGAUUAUUCAUAUGCCACUUAUGGAUAUGAUGAAAAUGGACCAUUGAAUUUUAACAAAACAGUGCAAAGUAUAUUCAAAUCUUGUCCUAAAUUGGAAAGAAUUCAAUUCCAUGCUGAUUCUUUCUAUAUCAAUUUAAGUUUAUUAUACAAGAUUAUUACAGAUCAUUGGAAACAAUUGGAAUUGAUAACUCUUUCCAUUUUGGAAGAUGUCGAUCCUAAUACAGAUUCUGAACCAAAUCAAGUUCAAAAAAUAGAUUUCGAUUGUUCAUUCCUCGCGGUGAGAGCCAACAAGAGUAUGGCAAUUGUUCUCAAAUAUUUAUUUCCAAAUUGUGAAAUUACAAUUUUGGAAUCUAGCAUAAAAGGAAAGAAAAUUACAAGAGAACUUUUGGAAAAGAGAAAGAUCUUGAAACAUGAGAAUGAUUUGCAAAUUUUGGAAAAUCUACUCGUCAAAGCUGCAGAAGAUGAAGACGAUCAAGAUGAUGAUGAAGAGGAGGAUGAUGAGGAAGAGGAAGAAUAUGAUGAAGAUGGAGAAGAUGAUGGACUCUAA